AAAUUUAAUAAACAAAUUGUUUAUCGGAUUUAGAGUUUGUUGUCGAAAGUUAUAGACAUAGACGAGACAUGACAUCGGAGGUCAAGAAACAAGAGGUGAAGAACGACACGUCGUCGUCAAAGGCCGACAACUCGACAGCAGCAGCGGUAUCGCCGCCGACCGACUCGACUAAAGAAGAGACAGCAGAUGCCACUGCCGGCGCCACCGAAGUGGUGACCAAACAUCCGCUACAAAAUCAAUGGCAACUGUGGUACUACAGACCCGGCGGUAAGGGWAGCGCCUGGGAGGACAACCUUCUUGAUGUAACACACUUUGAUACUGUCGAAGAUUUCUGGGCUUUAUACAAUCACAUACAGUUGGCCUCGAGUUUGACUUCCGGAUGCGAUUACUCGAUUUUCAAGCACGGCAUCCGACCGAUGUGGGAGGACACGGCCAAUAAAGAGGGCGGCCGAUGGCUAUUUAUGGUCAACAAGAGACAGGCCCGACCUAAUCAACAAAAUCCAACCGUCGAUGAACUUUGGCUCGAAGUGUUGUUGUGUUUGAUUGGCGAAGCGUUCGGCGACGAUAGCGACCAGAUAUGCGGUGCUGUAGUUAAUGUUAGGCCUAAAAUGGAUAAGAUAUCGAUUUGGACGAGUAGUUAUCGUAGCGAACAAUCAGUUUUGAAUAUAGGACGAAUCUUGAAGUCGAGGACAGGCUUCCAGCCGAACAUCUCAUACGAGGCACACAACGACACAAUUGUUAAAACAGGAUCAAUAGCCAGACAUUUGCACGUUUUAUAGUAAAUUAAUUCAAAUUAAAUACAACAACAAAAACGAUUUCCUUUUUGUACUCACGAUUUAGGCAAAUAUUAUAUAAUUUAAAUUAA